AUGAAUCUCUGGCUCCUCUUGUUGAGUCACGCUCUGGUCGUCGUGAGUCAAGAUCGGUACCCCGACGAUGAGACGGAUCCGACAGAAGAACCUCCCACUCCCCCAGACUCAGUUUGCUGGACUCCGUGGUUCGACAGAGACAAUCCUUCUGGUAAAGGAGACUAUGAGACUAUUUACCAUCUGCGAAAGGAAAACCCUGGAAAGAUCUGCGACAAACCUCUUGGAAUCGAGGUCCGGACCAUCUCAGGACUGCCAGCCUCCUCCACCGGGAAUAACUUCUACAACCGCUCUCCAACGUUUUUUUCGGUAUCAAACCUGCUCAACACUUCAGCUUCUGCAGUUAGAAACGCUACAAGUUACGGAUGCUAA